GAGAGAGAGAGGAGAGGAGAUCAGCUGGCGGAUGGGGCCAGGGAAGCGUCCGGUGUCUUGAUCCAGUUGGUGGGAUCAUGCGGCAGCACCAAGGCUAUAUUGGGCUACUUGCUCCAUUAUGUAUCCUGUUCAUUUUCCUCCUGUUCACACUCACUGCCUCUUACAAACCCAUCAUCGUUGUCCAUGGCCUGUUUGACAGCCCUUCCGACUUCCGGCAGCUGUUGGUGUUCAUCAAUGAGACCCACCCAGGUACCAACGUCACAGUCGUUGAUUUGUUUGACCACACUGAGAGCCUGAAGCCUCUCUGGAUGCAAGUUGAAGGGUUCCGGCGGGCCAUUUACCCCAUCAUGCAGAAUGCUGUCGAUGGGGUCCACCUCAUAUGCUACUCCCAAGGAGGACUCAUCUGCCGCGCUCUCCUAUCCACAAUGCCUGACCACAACGUGGACACCUUCAUCUCUCUCUCUUCCCCGCAGAUGGGGCAAUAUGGGGACACCAAGUACUUGAAGUGGCUCUUCCCGGAGCACAUGAAAUCCAACCUGUACCGUUUAUGCUACACCCAGCUGGGCCAGGAUUUCUCAAUCUGUAACUACUGGAAUGAUCCACAUCAUCGGGAUCUUUACCUCAACAGCAGCAACUUCCUGGCUCUGUUGAAUGACGAGAGGCUCCAUCCCAACGCAACAGCCUGGAAGAGAAACUUCCUGCGGAUCCGAAAGAUGGUUCUGAUUGGGGGUCCGGAUGACGGUGUAAUCACGCCAUGGCAGUCCAGCCUGUUUGCCUUCUAUGAUGAUAACGAGAAUGUGAGAAAUAUGACAUCACAGCCGGUGUACCUACUGGAUACCUUUGGUUUGAAGACUCUGGACGCUCGAGGUGACAUCGUUUUUUACAAAAUGCCAGGCGUCACCCACACAAACUGGCAUUCCAACCUCACAGUUUAUGACACUUGCAUUGCCAAAUGGUUGACGUAGCUGGCAGGGACUUGAGAAGAAGCUGGCAGAGGAUGAGAUUGUCCUAAACUGAGAUGCGCUGUGGUACCUCAUCUUGGCAUUUCUUCCCACCGAGAAGAAACCCCGCGUUUGUUACCUAUAGCUUUUGGUUUUGUUUUCAUUUUUAGGAUGGUUGAUAUUUUCUUUCAUAGUGGA